ACUCUAGUACUGAGAACCAAAACAGUGUUUAGGUAAUCUAAAGAGAAGGAGCAGUGGUGUGUAAAACCGGAAACACGCGCACACUGUCAGCUGAUCCGGUCACGUGACUGUGUGUGUUGUUGCUGAUCAACAUGGCUGCAGCAGGAGGGAAGGCAGUGUACUGGUUGGGGAAGGACACUCUCAGGGUGUCUGCUGCUCUGUUCACAGAGAACCGCCAUCGUCUUUGUGAGUCUCUAAGAUCCCAAGAGUCUCUUCAGCCCAACAGUGUGGUUGUGCUGCAGGGAGGAGAGCAGAAGCAGAGAUACUGCACUGACACGGACCAGCUCUUCAGACAGGAGUCCUUCUUCCACUGGACGUUCGGAGUGACCGAGGCCGACUGCUAUGGUGCCAUCGACGUCGACUCGGGCAGAUCCGUCCUCUUUGUGCCCAAACUUCCUGAAAGCUACGCCACCUGGAUGGGAAAGAUCCACCCACCUGAACACUUCAAGGAGAAAUACGCAGUGGAUGAAGUGCACUACACCUGUGAUAUUGCUGAGAUCCUGACCAACAUGAAACCGUCUGUCCUCCUGACGCUGCGAGGCUUGAACACAGACAGUGGCAGUAUCUGCCGUGAAGCAUCGUUUGAUGGAAUCAGCCGCUUCCAGGUGAACAACUCUCUCCUGCAUCCCGUUCUGGUGGAAUGUCGUCUGGUUAAGACAGAUAUGGAGUUGGAGGUUCUGCGCUACACUAACCGCAUUUCCAGUGAAGCUCACAAAGAGAUAAUGAAGCACAUCAAGUCUGGCCAAAAAGAAUAUGAAAUGGAAAGUCUGUUUCAGCACUACUGCUACUCUCGUGGUGGGAUGCGUCACACUUCGUACACCUGCAUCUGUGGAAGCGGCACCAACUCCUCCAUCCUGCACUACGGUCACGCCGGAGCUCCUAAUGACAAAACCAUUGAAGAUGGAGACAUGUGUCUGUUCGAUAUGGGUGGAGAAUAUUACUGCUACUCCUCCGACAUCACCUGCUCCUUCCCAGCCAAUGGCAAGUUUACUCCUGACCAGAAAGCUGUUUAUGAAGCUGUUCUGAAGUCCUCCCGCACCGUCAUGGCCGCCAUGAAGCCAGGUGUGAAAUGGACCGACAUGCACCGCCUGGCUGACAGGGUUCACCUGGAGGAGCUGGUGAAGAUCGGCAUCCUGCACGGGAACGUGGACGACAUGCUGAAGGUCCACCUGGGUUCUGUGUUCAUGCCACACGGACUGGGCCAUCUGCUGGGCAUCGACGUGCACGAUGUUGGAGGAUAUCCGGAGGGAGUGGAGCGUGUUGACGAGCCGGGCCUCAGGAGCCUGCGUAUGGGCCGUGUGGUUCAGGAGCGCAUGGUGCUCACCGUCGAGCCCGGCAUCUACUUCAUCCACCACCUGAUGGAUCAGGCCCUGGCCUCGCCACAGCAGUGCGCCUUCAUCAACGCCGACGUGCUCGCUCGCUUCCGCAACUUCGGAGGGGUUCGUAUCGAGGACAACAUCGCGGUGACGGCGGACGGCGUGGAGCUGCUCACCUGCGUCCCGCGCACCGUCCAGGAGAUCGAAGACUGCAUGGCAGACAGGAGCGAGAAAUCCUUCAGCAGCCUGAAAGAUUAAAGCGUCAUUACAAUCUUCUGCAGAAAUAUUCACAGUGCAGAUUAUUUACUCUGUUUGAUUCUCUAAAAGCAAUGCAUGUGUCCAGCUCUGGGUUUUUAAACAGAUAAAUCAGUCAUUAACAUUCAAUAAAGUGCCAAAAGUUUCCUUUUCUGUCGUCAUUUUAUAGUCAGAAUCUUUUAUAAAUUUACCAGAGCAACUUACUUUGUACAAUUUGUCCGUACGAAGACGAUUCACCGAUGAUGAAGUUUAAACCAGUUUAUAUCCUUAAAAUAUCACAUGUACCUUCCUCAGAAGUGACAGUUACUAAUCAGUGUUGUACUGCAUGUCUAACCUCAGUUAUUGCAUGAAAUAAAUAAAGAAUUUUUUAGCAUCUUCA